AUGGUUUUGAAAUACGGUUAUGCUGUUGAUGAACAAUUGGGUAGUCUGUCUACGUCUACAACCAAUGCUCGCAUAGUCACUCCUUUGAAAGUUCCAGAGAGAAUAACUUUGUCCGUCGUUAAUAGCUCGAGAUUCGUUAUUAUGGGAACGAAGCCAGAAAUCCUCGAGUGGAUACGAAGUCACCCAACAACGGUCGUUGAUGUGAUUCUAUACGAAACUCAAUCGAUCGCACCACACAUUCAAAUUCCCGACGUAGUGCUUGACCUGAUCCUUCCCAAUUCUCCCGAAGUUCAAGCUAGUUAUUCCUGGAUGGAUUACAUUAAUCCUCUUCAUCACCCCGACCCCACCGAAAUACCGGUACGCCUAGAAUUCCGUCCAGUGCAAGAAAAAGUGGAUAAAACAAUGGAACCUCUUUUACGUUUAGUUGUCAAACGUGAAUCCAAGUUUUGCGAUAUUGUAGACAAUUUACAGAAUAGAUGGGACAAAAUAUCAUACCCAAGCACGUGGGAUGGGGUGAAGAAGAUUGCUGGAAUACCAAGCGCAAUUAUGCAAGAAGAAGAAGAGAGUGAGGGACAGGAAGCAAAUUCAACCAUAGGCGUUAAUACAAAAAGUAACGUGAACGAUGAUGUUCAGUUAGAAAAUGUCGUAGUUGACGACAAUCAACAAACAAAAGCUGUCGUUAGGGAAUAUUAA